AUGGUUUCUUUCAAAAAGUUGUUCCAAAAGUGUAAGGAAGACAAAAAGCCAUCGCUUAAGCACUCCCAGUCGAUGCCAUUCAGAUACUCGCAAGCGAGCAUGUUCGAGCCUUACGCCGAUCCUUUCAUAGCUGUAUACCAUGGCAAGACCCCCUCUAAACCUUCUAACAUCGUGCACGUCGAGCAAGCUCGGGACAUCCAUCGUGCGCAGUGGCACCCAGGUGUCCACGACCAUCCGCCAAGUCAUGCCCACUUCGACACGCGCGCCCACUUGCCGGCCCAGUUUCCAAAUCCCCCACCACCCCCUCCGAAACCCACUCGCAGUGCCUCAGGCACGACUUCGUCAAACCCACAGAGCAUUAGGCCUCAACUGCUCCCGAAGCACUACAACACAAGCGAUCAACCUGUCGCAGGCAGACACAGAACUAUUCAGCAGUCUUCUUCAGCCACGUACUAUUCGCAGCCCACAGCUGCAGCAUACCCCUCCCUCGGUCGCAAAAAGCGGCGUGAGGCCACCGCUGAUCAAGCUAUGGCGGAUCUGCUGCAAACACCCGAUGGCCGGCCCCCCGUAUUUGGGAGCAGUAGGCAGGCAGAACGUGCGCGCGCCAAGUCGAGCACUGGUCACUCAUACAUCCCCGUCCCUCACGAUCUGCUGGAAACAGCUGACGGCCGACCUCCCGUAUUUGGAAGCAGCAGACAGGCAGAACGUGUGCGCACCAAGUCGAGCGCUGUUCUGUCAUACACUCCUGUCCCUUAUGAUCUGCUGGAAACAGCUGACGGCCGGCCUCCCGUAUUUGGGAGCAGUAGACAAGCAGAACGUCUGCGCGUCAAGUCCAGCGUUGAUCGCUCACAAAAACCCCUCCCUCCCAUUCCCCCCAUUCCUACCAGUCGCUCCCCGCGUCCAUUUAUCUCGCGCUCUGUGCACAGCUCACGUACAAACUUGAAUCAUUAUAGAGAUCGGCGCUGA